AUGGCUUUUCGUAAUCUUACAAGAAGUUUAUUUCAAUUUACUAAACUUACGAAUGUAAAUCAACGUUUAUAUUCUUCAAUUCAACGAAAGUCAUGUCAUAUAACUCAACGUUAUGUACCAAUACGAACAUUUUCAUCAGUACAAACAAAUGAUAAUGCCUAUCGUGAUUUAGAUACAUUUCUUCAAAAAGAAAUUCAAUUAGAAAAAAGUGCACAAAAACAUCCAAGCAAAUUACCAAUCAUUCCUAAUUUUCAGGUUCAAACAAACGGUCCAGAAGUAACAUUAAGUCGUGAUAUCGGUAAUGAAAAAAUUGUUGUGAAAUUUAAUGUAACAAAUACAGUCAAUGCAAGUGAUUCAGAACAAGAAUCAGAUUUACAAUCAACAGGACAAGAACAACAAAUAACUAAUUCAUCAUCACAAUUAAAAUCUCGACCAACAUUUACAGUUGAUAUAAAUCGUGGUGGACAAACAUUAUCAUUUCUUUGUUCAUAUUUACCAAAUGAUUAUCCAGAUUCACGAGAACAUAAUCAUGCAACAGAAAAUGAUCAAAAACAGAAUCAUAAUCAAGAAAAUAUUUAUGAAGAUUUUCAAAUAGAUGAAUUUACUAUACAUGAUGGAGAAUGGAAUGAAACUGUUUAUAGUUCAGAUUGUUCAGUUAUUGAUGGAGAACUUUAUGAUAAAUUACUUAAUUUACUUGAAGAACAUAGCAUUGGCGAAGAAUUUGCCAAUCAACUUGCUGAUUUUUCAACUGCUUAUGAACAUCGUCAAUAUAUUGGUUUACUUGAAAAAUUACAACAAUUUGUGAAGAAAUAG